GCUGGAGUUUGAGGGAUGAAAUGGAGGUAUAAGAAUGUGUGAAAGUAUCCUUCAGAGUAACUCCUUUUUUUUUUUAAAAAAAAGGCUAGCUUCAGUAUAAUAAUAUCACUUGAGUUUUGUUGUAAUUAAAAGGUUUAAAUGUUUCAGCACAAGCCUUAAUGAAUCAUUGUGUUCUAUAGGUUGUUGACUGCAUGUGGUUGAAGAAGUGAUUAACAUUCCAGCAGUGGGGUAUUUAUCCCAUUAUGAACUUACAGCUGUGCAGCAGUUUUUACUCCCAUCUGCGCCUUGUUACGUGUGUGAUCAGGGAUCCUCACGAGAUGUGAAUGGACAUGCUGCAAGGGAAGAAUGGCGAGGUCGCUCGGUCAGCGUUGUAAAACAUGCUGGCUUCAUUUAAAUCUGCACAAAAGGGAGAAUUUGAAUAACAAAGUACACGUUUUAUGUUUCAAAUGCUUUGGCCUUUGUUCAUUGGCUGAAAUCAAGUUAGUAACAUUUUUUAAAAUGAUGAUGCCUGAGUGCAUAGUUGAGAGUGAUGCUGCCAUGAAAUCCUGCAUUGGUAUCAGAUCUGAUUUGACGUUUUCUAAUCUAAUCUAAAACUGAGGUUUUCAUACAUGCCAUAAACACAUGUAAUGUUCACUGUUUUUUACGCGUACAAGUUGUUUUGAAGCAUUUUGCCAUCUCAUGCUUAUCAACAGCAGAAGCUGGCUGAGAGCUGGAUUGCUACCCAUAAAGAUGACAAUAAAGCAAAUUUUGUGUAAUAUAUGUGUAUAUAAACAGAAAGCGCAAUUUACAAUUGUACAAUAGCACGGAUCAAGGCUCUAUUCCACACUGCCUUCACGAAGUACAGGUACGGUACUUUGCUUUGAAAUAACAUAGCUUCCCCACUGUGAGGCUUCAUCUUUGUGUGUGUGUGUUUUUAUUUAUUUAUUUAUUUAUUUAUUUUUUUUGGGUAGGCUGGUUGAAGAUUAUCAACAUGAUAUUAAAAGAUUUAGGGAUUAUGGUGUCAGCGCUGUGGGUGGAUGAGACUCAAAAGGGAGACAGACUGGUGUUUUUCCCCGGGCCCGGUUCAGGCCUCAUCAGCUUAAGGAACAAGCCAUGCGUGCAUAUCCUGUGAUGUCAGUGUACUAACCCCGGCUAGAACCAAACCAAGCUACAUCAAUUUCCUCUUCUGAUUUCACUAGACUUUUAGAUUUGUCUAAAUAUGAAUUUAUCCCUAAUGAGCAAGCCAGAGGCGACGGUGGUGAGGAAGAAACCUUGAGAGGAACCAGACUCAAAAGGGAACCCAUCCUCAUCUGGGUGACACCGGAUAGUGUGAUUAUAAAUAAUUCCCUUCUAUAACUGGGUGCUACAUGGACAAAUAGUGCAGUUGCGAAUGUUAAGAACAGCUGAAUGUUGCCUUAUUAAAUGUUUUCAUGAUUGCCUCUUGACGCUUUGUAGUCCGGAUAGAGCUUAUGACUACUGUAGUGUCCAGAACAAGCCAAGUUUGGCAGGUCCAUAGGCUUGUCCCGUUUUGCCCACCAUGUUAAAAUGAAUUGUCCCUUCUUUUCUCCACUGACUAAAGCUUGGGUUCUUUAAACCCCAAAAUCUGAGGUGGUUUUUACUGAGAAAAAGGAUGACUGAGUGGUGAGCUGAGUAAGUUGUUUGGAAUGAGUGUGUUUCUUUGAGGUCAGUGAUUGAGUGUCGUGUUAUUUUAAUGGAAGAACCGAACUGGUUUAGCUGCUUGCACAAGCACAUCUGCCAGUUUCUUUUUCUCUUUUUUUCUUGAAUUAUUGUAGCAACACUUUGUUGCUAACAAACGAAAGCUUCUGAUAGUUAAAAGCAUUCCUUAACUAUAGAAAUAUUCAGACACCUUUGUCUUGAGCUAUAAGCUAACUAAACUGCGUGUGCUUUUGGCCCUUGACAUUGUAGCUGCCAGUUUUCUCUCAUCAUAUGAAGAAUUUAGUGCUUGAAUCAAUAGCACUGUUUUGUUGCUUUGUGGGUUGCCUCAAAUUCCCAGAUGGCUAAAUUACGCAGUUGUACAAACUAAAUCCUGUGGUCAAGAUCUGUUAUCUGGGGGAAAAAACUGCCUAGAGAAAUCACAGACAAGGAAGCAUUUAAUUGAUAAGUAUAUAAUUGAUGUGUUUUUUGGUCAUUGUUCGUGGUUUUCAAGUGUUCGAACUCCCUGACUCUUCCUCAUUUGGGACGUUGAUGACAUGCAAUGACAGGCAGAGGGUUUCUGAGACCCCUGAAACAUGAAGUGAGAUCAUGAUGCCUUUUGGUCAGCAGGUUUAUUCCGGGGUGAGUGGACAUUCUUUAGGGGGCUGGACAAGUGGCCAGAUUUAGCUCUACAGGGUGGAGUUCUACUGGGAAGCUUGGAGACUUGUUUAGGAGCCUUGCAGAGCAGUCAGACUGCUAACUGAACGCAGCUCACUUAGAGACACAGGAGACAGUGAGUCAGGAAGACAUUCUUCUCACAGGUGGAGGUUUAGAGGAAUGCAGCGAUGACACGUGAUGCUGAGCAGAGUAUCUGUCAGGCACGGGCUGCCGUCAUGGUGUAUGACGACACCAACAAGAAAUGGGUUCCGGCUGGAGGUUCCACGGGUUUCAGCAGAGUCCACAUCUAUCACCAUACGGGGAACAACGCGUUCCGGGUGGUGGGCCGCAAAAUUCAGGACCACCAGGUGGUGAUAAACUGUGCCAUUCCCAAGGGGCUGAAAUAUAACCAGGCAACACUGACUUUCCAUCAGUGGCGCGAUGCACGGCAGGUGUACGGCCUUAACUUUGGCAGCAAGGAGGAUGCUAACGUAUUUGCCAGUGCCAUGAUGCAUGCUCUGGAGGUGCUCAACUCUCAGGAUGCAGGUCCCACGUUGCCAAGACAGAGCCCUCAGGUGCAGAAUGGACCCUCGCCAGAGGAGCUGGAAAUGCAGAGACGGCAGCUGCAGGAGCUGCAGCGUCAGAAGGAGCUAGAACGUGAGCGGCUUGAACGAGAACGUCAGGAGCGAGAGCGGCUGGAGCGUGAGCGUCUUGAGCAUGAACGUCAGGAACGUGAGCGUGAGCGGUUGGAACGGGAGUUGCUGGAGCGUGAGCAUCAGGAGCGUGAGCGCCAGGAACGGGAGCGCAUGGAGAGAGACCGUGCAGAGCAGGAGCGUCUGGAGAGGUUGGAGCAGGAGCGCCAGGAGCAGCUGGAGCGCGAGCGUGCUGAAUGCGAGCGGCUGGAGCGCGAGCGUGCUGACAGGGAAAGGCAGGAGAGGGAGCACCGGGAGCAGAUAGACAGAGAGGACUCGGACAGAGGACGACGCAUCUCCAAUGCUGCCUUUGAAAGUACCCUCCACACCCCUCCACCUCCAGACUGCAACAAGAGCUCUGCCUCUUCUUCACCCGUAUCCCCUUCCACCCCCAAUUACCCUCCUCCUUCUUCCUCACCCUCUGUAGUUCCGCCUCCCACCCCUCCCCUGCGCCACUCUGCCUCUCGUUUUGCCACUUCGAAAGGCUCUGCCUUCCACCCAGUCCUACCUCAUUAUGCCACCAUACCCCGGCGGCAUCCAGCUCAGCCCACACCCACGGCUCUGCCUCCUGCCCCAGCUUCCAAAACAGUGGUCUGCCAGUCCACCAAUUUCACGCCCUUACCGCCAUCGCCUCCAGUCAUGAUCAGCAGCCCCCCUGGCAAAGCCACCGGCCCUCGGCCUGUCAUUGCUGUUCCAGCCUCCAGCCCUCUUUUCUCCUCCUCACCCACAGCACCCAAUGGGCCUCCAGUCACCACUCAAUACCAUGCCUCUUCCCCAAUCUUGGGCCAGCCCCUUCCAUCACCCCCAACUCCACCCCUGCCUUCUCACUCUUUUCCUCAAUUCACCACCCCCAUGACCCCCUAUGUGUCCUGUCCAUCCACCCAGCCUCCUGUUGUCCCCUCUCCUUCUACAGCCUGCCCUGCCAAUGCUGAUUGCUCUGUAAACUCGGUGCUGGGAGACUCCUCUGCUCCAGAGCCGGAUUCAGUGCAGGCUGUCCCCACCCCGCCUCCUCCACCCCCUCUCCCACCCGGCUCCACUGUGACCCCAACUUCUGCUGGAGCCCCUCCCCCUCCUGGUCCACCUCCGCCUCCCCCUCUCCCCACCACACUUACUCCCACAGGUCCGCCUCCUCCCCCUGGACCACCUCCACCUCCCUCCGGCCAGGUCCCGCCUCCUGCUCCUCCUCCACCUCCAGCGCCACCUCUGCCCUCUGGUCUUUUUACUCCCUCACCCACUGGCGAUGACAACAAACCGUUGUCCGGCCUGGCAGCUGCCCUUGCAGGCGCCAAGUUACGGAAAGUGUCGAGGAAUGAAGAGCCCUCUAGUGCAUCUGUUGGAGGUGUGGUGGCUCCCAGUGCUGCCAAGCCCGAGGCUGCCAGAGGAAAUGGUCCUCUGGCUGGAGGAGGAGGACUCAUGGAGGAGAUGAGCGCCCUACUUGCCAGGAGAAGAAGGAUCGCAGAGAAAGGAUCAUCACCAGAGCCUGAGCAGAAAACGGAAGAAAUCGAAGCAACCAUUACUCCAAAAUUGUCAGCCUGUAGCACACCAGACAUGCCCAGAAAGCCAUGGGAAAGGACAAACACCAUAAAUGGUAGCAAAUCACCAGUUAUUGGAAGACGGGAUGCACCAUGGAGAAAUCAGAUGAGUACUGAAAAGUACUGUGAUUCCUUAAACAGGCCAAGGUCUACACCCACUCCUACUGGAUCCCUAAGUGCCAAUGGAGUGCCAACAGAAACUCUGGACUACGAUAGAUUGAAACAGGACAUACUGGAUGAGAUGAGGAAGGAACUGUCAAAGCUGAAAGAAGAACUUAUUGAUGCGAUCAGGGAGGAGUUGGGCAAGUCCAACUCUGCAUAGGAGACCAUGACUCCCCAACUAUUUCCCAACCAUGGUCCAUCACUCAAGGCCAGCUUCAGUUCUGACACUUUCUAAAAAUGCAGCGGUAAUGGACAUUUUACAAAAGCAUUUUAAACUCGUGGUGAUAACAAUAACCAUGUUAAUUCCGAAGAAGCGUUUGAUGGCGAUGCCAUUUUAGGGCUACAAGUACCAAGAAGAGAUGCCAUAGGUGUGAUUUCAGGCUGUGGAAUUUCCCUCAAUGUUCCAGCUAGGGGUGCGAUGCAGCCUUUCUAAAGAAGUGACUGUCAAUAUGCAAAAGAUUACUCUAUCAUAGAAAGAUGAGCAAUCGUUUUGAGGGAAAACACAACCUAUUACUGAACUCUAUACUGUAUUAAUCAUUGAAGAGUGACUGUAUUUUCCAGCAGGUGACGUUCAUUAUUUGGCACAUUUGCUUAGCAAAGGGCAGUCCUGUUUGGUCAGAUUAGCGUGAAGUAGAGCUUAGCUUAGCUCAGCUUGCUUUGCAGCAUUGAGGAAAACUUUUAGAGUCAGGCCAAACAAGCAGCUGAAGGACUGGGUGUAGUUUCUUGCUGCAGGACUUUGUAAAGCUCGUCUUCCUGAUAUCAUUAUAAUCCGAGUAUGUACUUUAAGACAGAAUAGAUAUUCUUCAACUCAUUUAAUUAUGUCUGUUCUAAUAUAUUCCAUGGCCAUAUGAAGUAGCUUAGUCACGCAAUCUUGGGAUAAUCAGUCUUGGUAAAUACCCAGGUACAUUCAGAGAUGAAUGCUCAAAAGUCUGUCCCAUAAACCACUGUUCGCCAUUAAUUACCUUUGUCUUGUAUGUGGGGAAAAUGGUUUGGAAUGAUCGGGUGAGAUGAUGCCUCUCUACUGUAAUUCAUUGUAGCUUUUUACCAAAUCCUCUCAGUCAAAAUGAUGGGUGAAUGCCAAUAUCAACAAGACCGCAUCUGUAGAUAGUGCUAACAACUAGCCUCUUUUUUUUGUUUCUUGGUCCACUGCAGGCUCUUCUCUUAUUUCUUUUGAUUUUAGUGCAUGUCUUGUUCUGAAUGCUAUGGGAAAUCUUGCUGCCACGAAAAAGAAAUUGUUUAUUGUUUUCAAUUUAUAAGCAAUAAGUGUAGCACUGACACUCGGUUUUCCUCCCCAUGUGCGUUUCCUUAUUUUCUGUAAUCAUCUAUUACCCCAGUCGGUGAAUGAGUGAAUGAGGGAGUGUUUUUAAACUGCACACAAGUUUUUGUCUAAUAAACUGUAAACAUGGACAACCUGUUUAUAGCUAUAAUUAAUUCAUGCAGGUACACUGCUAUCCUCAAGAGUCCCUUGGACUGUGUUUUAUUUCCAAAUUCUGGUUCUGUUGGGUUUUACUACCUAGUACGAUUUUGUUUAGAAUUUCAAGACUCUUGUAAGUCUGAAAGCUCUAUGUAUGAGGUGGAAAAUGAAUUGACAGCAUAAGACUAGUGUGACUGGAGACUGAACAUUUUUUUUUUUUUUUCUCGAGCUUGUAAAUGUACUAUUUUUUUUUCCCCCUCAGAGUAGCAUUUUGUCAUGGUGAUUGCUAUUUGCUUACGGUUCCUCUUAAAAACCCCUGAUCAACACAACAUAAUUCUUUUUCCAUUCCUGAUCAUCCAACAUAAUCUGUCAAGGAAUCAGAAAGUUUGUAUAGAGACAGCGUUGAUUGCACUUUAAUAACCUGCAAGAUCAAAUAAUGAUACUGCUGAUGAUGUCAUCACCCCGUGUGUGGCAGUCCCACCAAAGUUCAACAGUAACAAUCUCCAGAACACCACACUGUCCUGAGCUGCCUUUUGUUUUAUGGAAGGCUAUGGACGAGAAAUGUUGCAAUCGAGAUUGAUUUCAUAUGUGGAUAAAUCUGUUUGUGAUCUUCAUGGUUUGUGCCUUGUUCUGAAGUUGCAUUUAAUAUGUCAAAUAUUUUUUAAAAAAUGACUAGUAAUAAUUAUACGGCUAAUCAUAACCUCAAUCACAUUUUACAUCCUGCUUUAGUAAAGUAUAAAACGGAGAUUUUAAGUUGUUUGUUUAAAAAAAAAAUGUGCAUUUAUUCUUCAUGCCAUUUUUGUUGUUACAGUAUGGUUUGUGUUAAAAGUGGUUUAUUAUGAAUGUUUUUGAGGUCUGAAAAUGUAAGGUUUGCUGCAGUGGGAGUCAUUUGAUGAUGAAUCGUCGACUGUGUUGUCUUAAAACUUAUCCAUCUUCAGGAGUGGCUGAGACCAAGUCGACUUUUCAGAUGUGUGUUGGACAAGAUCCAAUUGAAUGUCCACAAAAUGCAUUUUAUUGGUUUCUUUUUUUUUUUCUAUUUUCUCAUUCACCUUGUACCAUACUGUUCUCAUAUUAAUUAGACAUUUCUUACAUGCUAACAUUGAUUUGUUUGUUUAAGCAAAUGAAAUAAAAAUUGCAAUACA